UUUUUAUGUCAGUGUGUAUUAAAUAUUAAUACCUUAUACUUGCUUGUACUGAUACCUAUAUGGAUUUUUUUUUUAUAUAUCUAGAAAAACUAAUUUCUGAUCGAAAUGGAUAAAAUGAAAAUUUCUAAAAGAUGGAGGAAUGAUAAAAAUUAUACAAAUCUAGCUGUUAAUCAAACUUUUUGUGAAGAUCAAAACAGUUCUAAAAACAUAGUUUGUGAAAAAGAUUACAUCAACUCUUAUAUAAAACAGAAUAAAGCAGACAACAAAAAUACAAUUUAUUCGCAUAAUGCUGAUAUAUGGAAAUCAUUUAUUUGUGAUGGAGAAGUGCGGAGUUUUAAAAACAAAAUUAAAAGUCAAGCUAGGAAUACCAGUUUUUGUGAAAAACAAAACUAUAAUAAAAGUAAUCAAAAGCAAAGAAAAUUUUCUGAACAGGAUUCCAUUUAUGAUAAAUUUGAACAAAAUAGAGCAAAUUAUAGAAACAGCAUUGAUUUACAUGGGGAUACACGUAAAUCAAUAACUGAUUAUGGAGAAGGUGUUUUAGAAGAAAUUGAUGAAAAUAUUUUCAACUUAUCAAAAGAAUAUUCUCUUGCUCAUUGCGUGGCUGAAGAUUUACGAAUGGGAGCGGGCAUAGCUGUUGAUUUCAAGCGCAUCUUUGGUGGUGUUGGUACACUAAUUGAUCAGAAAUUAAAAAUAGGAAAUGUUGGUAUAGUUAAGCGCAAUAAUCAAUAUGCAUUUUAUAUAGUAACAAAAAAAUAUAGUAAUGGCAAACCUACAAUGAAAACAAUGGAAACAGCUCUUUGUUCACUUUUGAACAUAAUGAAAAAACACAAUUUAACAAAAUUAGGAAUACCCAAAAUUGGUUGUGGAUUGGAUAAUCUUGAUUGGUGUGAUAUAAGAUCGCUCAUCAUUGAUACAUUUUCUGGAUCUAGUAUUCAUGUAACUGUAUGUGUACCUUCAAAAUUAUUAGAUAAUAUGAAAGCACCGCCCAGAUUAAAAGUUUACAUCACACCAAACAAUUUAUGGGAGAUGGAAGCCGAAACCAUUAUUAUUUUAUAUAUUGACUUAGAAGAAGUAUGCGACAAGAAUUGGACAAACAAUAUAAUAGAUAAAGUGGAUGCUAAAUACCCAUUUAAACAAAAUUUGUUAAAAGACGUAAAACAUAAGAAGUUAGAGCCUGGUAACAUAACAUGCUAUACUGUUAAUGACGAAGUGAUAGUUUGUAUGUUUAUCUCGCAAAAUGCAUAUUACAGUUCUUUAGAAAAUGGAUUCAAAUCCAUAGAUCGUAAAAUCAAAAAAUAUAAGUAUAUGGCUAUUCAAAGUGGACCUAUUGAACCUAGUGAUAACUUCAAACAAAUAGCAUGGACAGUUUUAAUAUUACGAUCUGUAGUUAUUCGCUCUUCUGAAUUAUGGUUAUGUGGUGAUGCCAAACAAACAAUUGGCAUGGUAUACGAUCAAUAUUGUAAAAACGUAUACAGCUCUAUGAAUUAUUUAUCUCAAUAAACCUAAUUUUCCAACUAAAAAAACAUUUUAACAUGAAGAUAAAUAUUGUAAUUAAAAUUAAAGAUGUAAAUCAUCACAGAAAAAUUUUAAUCAAAAUAGUAUCUACAAAACAGAUACCUAUACCUUCUUGAUUCUAUGUAUUUAAAUUUGUUAUUAAAUGGGUAAGAUAUAAUCUAGAUGAGAGAAGAAAUUGCUUGCCAAAAUUAAUGGAACAUGUACAUUUGCUAUUAAUAAGGCCUGAUAUUUUAUGUGGCAUAGUUAAAGAACCUCUUCUACAGAAUGAAAUAUAUUAUGUCAUAAAUAUGUAAAUGAAGCAUUACAUUUUUAUCUACAAAAAUCGGUUGGAAAAUUUGCCAUUCCAAAUUCGAAAUGAUGUAAACUUAGACAGUUUAAUGGUUCACAAAAAGUUAUUCUAAUGUUCAAUCUGUUGGAGGAUAAAUGUUUAAUGAACUGGUAUGACCCUGCCAUCAAAAAAUGAUAUGAUGCAUCAGAGUUGAUAGGUUGUUGUAAGACAUCUGGAAUUUGUGUUAUUUAAGACCAAUAUGUGUUUGUGGUGGGGGGGUGUCAGUAAAACAAGCUCCAAAAAUGUUAGCAUGCUUGAUGUAUCACAACAACUCCCUGCAUGGCCAUCUAUAAAUGCCAUGACGGUUAGCCGAAAUAACUUAGGAGUCGGUAUUUUAAAUGAUCAAAUAUAUGCUGUUGGCGGCCAUGAUGACAACAGAAUAUUAAAAAGUGUCGAUAAUUAUAAAUAUUGAAUUAUUAAUAUUUAUAAUUAAAUGUUAAAAACAUAAAAUUGAAUUGUAAUUUUGUACUAAUUAUUUU